AUUUUCCGCACCGUGGGCUCUGCCAUUGGACGGGCCGUGCAGGCAAAACUGAACUCGUUGAAUGUCUGGCACUCAACGCAGCAGUUCAACUUGAUCUCCAAAUACAUUCGGGAAGGGCACAAAGUCUGCGAACGCUGGAACGAAAGCCUGCAUGACUGGACAGCAGUAGAUUGGAAGUCACCGGAACGAGUCCACAUUUGGCAGGGAGAGCCUUUGCGGGAUGAUUUCAUGCAGAAUCUUGCUGCGCGGGUAUUGCACGUCGCCGACAUCCGAACACAGCACGACCAGAUUUUGAAGUUGAUUCCUGGUGGCGCGGCGAAUGCCGGUGGUGAAGGAGGAGGCGGCGCGGCAGCAAAUGGAAGCUCCUCAGGCGGAGCUAGCAUGCUAGCCAACCAAAACGUGUUCGAGUCCUUCGCGAAGAUCUCGACGUUCACCUACAAUGAGUACACUGCGCCAAUGUGGAUAGCUGCCGUUGAGGAGUACGAAAAGAAGAUGCAGCCGUUAGAAACGACAGUGGCAGAGAGGCUCCGAAAAGAACUCUUUGCAGGAAGUGAGGGCACUGGGAACCCGACGCAAUCGGUGCGAGUGUUUCAACGCUAUUCUUCAAUUCUGGAAAGGACAAACGUGCGCAAUGCUCUGACUAACGAAAGGGAACGACUGCUAGCGGAGAUCGCGGACUAUCUUGAGCGUAUGCGCAGUGACUUUGAGAGUGCGGACUACGAUUCCGAAAAUUUGCCAAUAGGUCGAGGCUUCUCUGAAGCAGCCAGACGAGUUAUUUGGCUCGAGCAACUCCGUACGAAAACCGAAGCCAUGCUGCGGCCCAUGCUCAGUGGAUUUUUGAAAGAUUUGCCGAGCACGACACGCGUCGCAAAUAGUUGCAAAAAGCUUCGCCAGGAACUGCGGGACGCGAAGCAGCGCUGCUUCAAGGAUUGGGAGGAGGAUAUCGAAGCGGCGUUGUCGCACGCGUCAGGAGGAAUGAGUCUAGAGCUACAGGGCAAGGUGAUGGAGUUCGAUACGAGGAAAGAAGGCGCGUUGCGGAUCACCUAUCCGGAAAAGCUCGUGCAUCUGAUCAAGGAAGUGAGAAUGUACUUCUAGUAGUUUAUUCACAAUUUUUACAUAUAGAUAUACUGAGGAAGAAGAUGAUGAAUGGUUCCGGUAAUUGGUAACCUGAAUUUGAUCACAAGGGUUCUCUUCUUGUUUUCCCUUAUGAUCAAAUUCAGGUUACCAAAUACCGGAAGCAUCCAGAUGAUGCUGCGGCUUCUGAUUGAUUUGGGUUGCAUUUUUGUGGUUUCAUUUUUUUUGGAUUUUAUCCAGGUUUGAGCAGAUGCAAUUUGGCAUUCCGAAGGGCAUCAAGAAGCAAGUCGAGCUGGGCCUCAAAUUCUACCGGUUUGCAGUGCAGCUAAAGCAAAUCUGUAACUUUCACAACCAUUUGGCAAGCGAAAUUCUACCUUGUCAGAAGCUCAUGGUUCUUAAUGCAGCAGUGAGGUUCGAGAAGCUCUUCGGGGAUGCGAAAUCUACUAGUGGAGGGAUUCGGACGAUGCAGUGGGACUCGGUCGAUAAACUCGAAGACUUCACAGCGCGCGUAAAGGACGGGGCUAGCAAGUAUGGACCCACACUGUUGGUCUGCUUGAAUGAUCCAUCUUCAUCUUCGUUUACUUCUUUGUCUUUGCAGUAAUUACUUACAGAAUUCUUUCACCGUUUCCAGCCCCGCCUACUCUCCCUUCAUUUUCUGCUCCGAACUUUGAACCGCAAGCUACGGAUCGCGCAUCAGCAAGUCUGCGACCUUGUGUUGUCCAUGGCCUCAGUCUCGCUCUUGCGACAGCGUGACGUGUGGAAACAAAAACUCCAAGAGAUCAGCAAAAUCAUUACUGCUACAACCGCAAUUUGUGAUAUUUCUGACGCAGGUGAACUAGAACUUGCCACAAAGCCUUGGCGAUCACAUUGGGAUUACCAAAUCUACAAAAUCAUGGAAUGCCAAUACAGACUCGGCCUGGAGUCACUGAACGAAUCGCUGCCGGAAAUGAAAGCGGAUAUAGUACAUUAAGAGUUCUCUCUUUUUGCAUGAAGAUACAUAAUGAUUAUCGCCUGUUUUUCUCGUUCCUGUGCACGGAUUGACGUGGUCUACUUAUCCUUCGUCGAGUGCCGGAAUUCAUCCACGCCUACAAUCAGGUUUUCGUAAAUCGUCAAUGUCGCCUAAAGCCGCCAGUCGAGGAGCUACGAUCGUCUUAUUUCAAAGAGAUCAAGAAUUUCAUUCAGCUUCCAAUUGCUUUUAAGGGGCUCGAGGGUGCGGCGAACAUUUACAAAGCCAUGCCGGAACGCAAUCCAGAAAGUGUGAUGACCGUUUUCGCGAAAGCUGAAGAGCUCUUUCAGAAAAUUCAGACCGUAGCGGACACCCAAAUGGGUGAGUUUUUGAUCCUUGGACAAAACCCUGAACGCGUUCAAGAACUGGUGGAAGCGUUCGCGGACACCAAAGAAUGGGAAGCGAAUUUUAAGCUUGUGAAGGCGAAGAAAAAAGAGAUGGAAAAAAUUCCGGAUGUGAUUCGAGUAAACUGCGUUACUUUGUCCACGGUGCUCAUAAAAUCGACGAUUGAAGAUCAUUUAGACCGGUUCAUGGACCAAAUGAUCAUACGACUGAAGAAAGUGGUUUCGGUUGAGGUUAAAUCGAAGCUGGAAUUCUUUGAGAAAGCGCUGGAGCGACUGAACGUGCGUCCCGACUCGGUCUCCGAACUCGGGCAGGCGCAGGCAGAGGCGGCGCGAUUGAUCGAGAGACAGCCGCAACUGCAGACCGAGACCCAGGACGUGGAAGAAAAAUCCCGAUUGCUAAAAUCCGUCUACACAUUCGCGAGUACCGAGGAAAUGCACUUGCUGCAGGAAAAAUACGACGAAUUUCAGUUGCGACUGCAGACCUUUGAGACGCUGGCCGCGGAACUCCGUGCAGAGUUGCUUAGCAAGAUGGGCGACCGCGUGAACAACAUGAACAUCGAGAUCGAGAAGUUCGCGAGUAAGUGGCAGGCGCUCAAACCAAAGGCCAGUAAGCAGUUGACGCUGGCGGAGGCGCGUGCGAAUGCCGCUGAGAUGGUUACUUGGCAGGAAGAGUGGUCCCUGCUGAAAGAGUCAAUCGACCAAUUGCUCGCAGAUUGCAGGGACUUCGGUCUGCCGGAUCCUGGUUUGGUCAAUUUUGAAUCCCUGGAGAAUGACCUGCAGCGGCAGCAGGCUUCCUGGGCUUUGUUUCAAGAAUUUGUUGAGGAGGUGGACGAGAUGUCGAAACAACUGUGGAUCGAGUUCCGACCGAGACUCUUCAAAUUCCCCGACCUCUGCAUCGCCUGGGAAGGCAAGCUGCGCGAAGCCAUGUCCGAGGGCGGCCUUAAGGUCAAGGUUGAAGACGGUACUACGGCUAAGAAGACAGCGGCUGGAGGAGGUGGUGACCAAGGUACUCCGGAUGAAGCUUCAGGUACUACAGCUGCCGCCAAGUCGUCAAAUCUAGUCGCACUCCCUGGAGCAGACAAGAAGGAUCAACCUGGCACAAAGUGGGAGAGAGUGGAGAUCGAUCCCGCUGUAAUAUCGAUCUUAGCAGAGCAAAUUGGGAAGUUGCGACAGGCCCAUCCGAUAUUGAAGAGUAUGACCGGCGAGGCGUUCGAGAAGGAGCACUGGAGGGCACUGUUCGCCAUGCUCGAACUGGAAUCCACCGUGUCCGUGAACAACGUCACUGUGACGCACUUUGUUAGCCGUCUCGAAUUGAUGUUACAGAACGAGGCGCAAAUCAAGGAGCUUGCGGCACGCGCACUUGGAGAAGUGACGAUACGCGAAGCUGUGAUGGAAAUCACGGCCUGGUUUGAGUUAACGCAGUUCGAUUUCACUUUUCACACCGUGAACGACGGUAGCAACGCGCAGGUGCCUUUGGUCAAGGAGUGGAAGGAUCUGCUGUCUGCAGUGAGCGACAAGCAAGCAUUGUGCAAUAGUUUGAAAGACAGCAGAUAUUUUGCUGCCUUCAAGGACCAGGCAAGCAGCUACAGCGAAAAACUUGGGCUCUUGGAUACGGUGUUGCUCAUUAUGAACAAGGUACAGCGAAAGUACGUGUAUCUGGAACCAAUUUUCGCACGCGGAGCGCUGCCGAAAGAACGUGAGCGCUUUGAACGCGUCAACCGCGAUUACCGUGGCAUGAUGCGGAAUUUCCACCAAGCCAAAAAAGUGCAUUAUGUUUGCACCGUGCGAGGGAUCACGGAGCAGUUCACUUCGUUGCAGGACCAGUUGGACCGGUGUCAGAAGGCCCUGAACACCUACCUGGAGGAAAAGCGAACGAGCUUUCCACGCCUGUACUUCAUCGGGGACGAGGAUUUGUUGGAGAUUUUGGGACAAAGCAGCAACCCGGCAGUCAUACAAACUCACCUAAAGAAGCUAUUUGCAGGAAUUCAUACUGUUGAGUUCGAGAAAGACACGCAGCGAAUUCUCUGCAUGCGCAGCUCUCUGGGAGAGGUGGUGCAGUUGAACACACCGAUCAGAGUCUUAGAGGGUGACGGCGAACCCAGGCCAGUGGAGCAGUGGCUGUCAGAGCUCGCUGCAGAGAUGGUUAAAACGCUGGCUUUGCUGCUUGAGAAAUGUCUUGCUUCAGGCGAGAGCAUGGACCUCGGCCGUUUUCCUUCUCAGGUUUUGAACUUGAGCGGCGAAAUUCGGUUCACAGGCAUGUGCGAGAGCGCGAUCGACGCAAGGCAGGUGCCGCAACUGAAACAGAAGCUAGUGAUGGACCUUCAGAGCCUUACGGAGCUGAAAGCGGGCAAGGCGCAGGCCCUGGAGCAAGCAAAGCUGAAGGCGCUCAUCCUGGACUUGAUUCAUCAACGGUCCGUUGUCGAUGACGUCGCCAAUUGUCACACCUUGACGGAUUGGCAGUGGUAUCGACAGCUGCGUUAUUACGCGAUAGGCGCACAGGGCAAGGCAGAAGCGCGCAUGCUUGAGGCGCGACAGCUGUACUCGUUCGAGUACCAGGGCAAUGCGCCGAAACUUGUGCACACGCCGCUCACCGACAAGUGCUACCUCACCAUGAUGCACGGUAUGAAACUCGGCUACGGUGGAAACCCGUAUGGACCAGCAGGCACCGGAAAAACGGAAUCCGUCAAGGCUCUAGGCACGCAACUGGGUCGACAAGUAUUGGUGUUCAACUGCGACGAGGGCAUCGACUACCAGGCGAUGGCUCGCAUCUUCAUCGGGCUCGUCCGUUGUGGUGCGUGGGGCUGCUUUGAUGAGUUCAACCGUCUACUCGAAGAGCAGAUGAGUGCCAUUUCACAGCUGAUCCAAGUGAUUCAAGCGGGAAUCAAGAACCGCGAAAGUCAGAUCAAACUCUUGGGCCGUGACGUGGAGGUGAACCACAAUGCGGGCAUCUUUAUCACUUUGAAUCCCGCGGUGAAAGGGUACGGAGGCAGGCAGAAGCUGCCCGACAACCUGAAACAGCUGUUCCGUCCAGUUGCGAUGAGCGCGCCCGAUAAUGAAAUUAUCGCGGAAGUGCUCCUCUUUUCCGAAGGUUAUCGUUCGGCGGAUAGCCUGGCCAAAAAAAUUGUGUCGCUGUUUCUGCUGUCUGCGCAGCUGCUCUCGCCGCAGCAGCACUAUGAUUGGGGACUCCGUGCGCUCAAGACAGUUCUGACACUUGCGGGACGUUCUUUGUUCGACGCAAAACAGGCCAAUCGUGACCAAGUGCAGGACGAAGCGUUUGAAGCUCUUGUACUCCUGAAGAGCACUCGCAUGAACACGUUGUCGAAACUCACAUACGCGGACGCACGGCGCUUCGAGGAUCUAUGCCGCGACGUCUUCCCUGGCAUCUCGGUGAAGGACAUCGAAUACGCACAACUUGAAAAGGAUAUCCGAGAGUCGUUAACGGAAUUGAAACUGAAUGCCAUUGAGUCGCAGAUCACGAAAAUGCUGCAAUUUCACGAGGCCUGCCAGCAGCGCAUGGGUGUUGGCAUUGUCGGACCUUCGGGCUGUGGGAAAAGCACGAUUUGGCAGGUCCUCGCACACGCAUAUCGCAAAGGCAACACGGCGAACAUGAAGGAGAUCUCCGUACACGUGAUGAACCCCAAGAGCAUGCCGCGAAAGCAGUUGUUGGGUCACAUGAACCUCGAUACACGGGAGUGGUUUGACGGCGUACUCACCGUGUCCGCUAGGAAUGUGGUCAAAGACGAAGCGGCGCACUCGUGGAUCAUCUGCGACGGCGACAUUGAUCCAGAAUGGGUGGAAAGUUUGAACAGUGUUCUGGACGAUAAUCGACUACUGACGCUGCCAAGCGGUGAGCGUAUUCAGUUUGGAUCCAAUGUCAACUUCAUUUUCGAAACGCAUUCGCUGCUUUUUGCUUCUCCGGCUACGGUCACGCGAAUGGGCAUGAUUUUCUUGUCGGAGGAAGACGUCGACGUGAAGAGAUUGAUAAAGUCGUGGGUGCUAGCGCGACCAGAGGCCAUGCACAGCAAGCUCGACGCAUGGUUCGAGAAGGUAUUUUUUCGCGCAUUGGACUUUGUCUAUGCCGGGUCUUCCUCUGAUACCGCAGGAGCAGCCGGAGAGACAGGCGCAGCUGCUCCGAAGGGUGGUAAGUCUGGAGCUGCAGGUCCCAAGAAGUUGGAGAUUGAGACGACCAUGUUUGGUAUGGUUCGUAACGUUCUCGGAAAUUUGCCUUGCAAACUCGAUCCUGUGCGCAACGAAUUUCCGGACAUCACAGAGGCACAAUUUGUCAUGGCUGUCUGCAACGGCUUCGGCUGCAACCUCAGUCACGCAGAUCGGUGUCAACUCGUACGCAAUGUCUUCGAGUGGAUGGGAAUGCGGCUGCCGGAUCCUAGCGACCCCCUGAACAUCGCAGUGGACCCGGUGGACUGUUCCAAGAUCGGCACAGUGACUCUGGGAGAGCACGACAGCGCGCUUUCCUCCUUAACCUACGAAGCCGUGCACAGUGCCACGUGCCUGGUGCCGACCACCACGGUUGCUCGCGACAUUGGCCUCUUCUAUACCUGGCUCGAGGACGAGCAGCCGAUCAUUCUGCAAGGUCCGGAGGGAUGCGGCAAGAACAUGCUCUUGCGAGCCGCGGUGAAGAAGGUGGCGGAGUGCAAGCAGCAAGUGCUCAACAUCGCCGUCGUUCACUGCAACGGUCAGACGUCGUCUGUUCACGUUUUGCAGAAGCUGAGGCAGUUCUGCGCGAUUGUCAACGGAGUCCACGGAAAAGUGUAUCGUCCGCGAUCUGGACGACGGCUCAUUGUCUACUUGAAAGACAUCAACCUGCCGAAACCCGACAAGUAUGACACAAGCCAAAUUAUCGCUUUCUUGCAACAAGUUUGCAUGCACAACGGGUUCUACGACGAAGAUCUGGAGUUCGUCACGUUAGAGUCCAUUCAAAUCGUGUGCAGCAUGGCGCCCUCAUCCACGCUCGGUCGGCACCACGUGUCGACGCGGUUCACCGCCAACGUUCGCAUCGCGAGCGUGUUUUACCCCACUGUGGACGAGUUGCGCGAGAUCGCGGAAAUGACGUUACUCCUCGUCUUGCAACACGCGGCGCCGCCCUUCUUGCUGUCCGCAAGUGGCGAAGUGGACGAAAUGUCGGCCAAAGCGCUGGCUGGAACUAUUGCUGGCGCGAUGGUUGACUUGUACAGCAGUGUACGCGAAAAGUUCACUGUAGACAGCCACGAGCACUACGUGAUUUCUCCGCGCGACCUCACCUUGUGGGUGAACCAGCUCAUCCGCUACGUCCACGAAGCGGAUCCGGCAACCGAAAAGAAGCAACUGUUAGACGCCUUUGGCAACGAAGCGCGGCACAUUUUUCGCGACCGCCUCGUGCGAGACGACCAGCUGGCCUUCGACGACCUCUUGGCUUCCGUCGCCUUUCAGGCUUUCAACUGUGAUGUCAAUAACCAAGGCGCCUACUUUCGCUACACAGCUUUGCUUACGCGAGUCGGCGGAUCCCACUUCGCGGCGCCGUCGUCGGAGCUCACGCGCAUCGCUCGCAAAGAGGACUACCGAACACUGAUCGUCGAAGGGCUGAAGACGUACGAGCGUGAGGCGCGAACACUGGGAAUCGAACUCUUCGACGAAGUGCUGGAAAACUUGGCCAAAAUUGACCGCGUGCUGGCGAGCAAACAGAUGAACGAUUUGUUCUUGAUCGGCAAAGCGGGUGUCGGUCGACGAUCGCUCGUGCACCUCAUGAGCAACUUGCAGGCCAUGACAGUCUUCAGUCCAAGCCUGUCGACGCGCUACGGCCGAAAAGAGUGGUCCCGCGACUUGAAAACCGUGAUGCAGCAAACCGGGAUAGAAAAACAGGACACAGUUUUCUUUGUAGAGGAUCACCAUUUAGUGGACGACCACAUGUGCGAAACUCUCAACAGUUUGCUCUCCGCAGGUGAAGUUCCCGGCCUGUACACUGCCGAAGAACUGGAGCCAGUGCUCAACCCCCUGAAACAGGAGUUCGCAGACAAACAAGACGAGUCGCCGAACGCGCCGCGAACCCUGUUCGAGUACUUUGUGACCGAAGUCCGUGCCCACUUGCGAAUUGUCCUGUCGAUGGACCCGACGCAUCCGCAUUUUCGAAGUUGUUGCGCCUCUAAUCCUGCAUUGUUCAAGGACUGUGCCGUCGUCUGGAUGGAUGAGUGGACCGAGGAGAGCAAGGAGAUUGUGUGCAACGCGCGCAUGGCAGAAUUUCUCAGCGACAUCACGGUCUCUGGCAAGAAAUCCAAGGCUGCGAAGCAGGGUGGCUCUCCCGGUGGUGGGGCAGAACAAUCCAUCGUGCCGGCCCUAGCGCAAUUCGCGCGAAAGGUGCACAACUCCCAGAUCACCUACGGCGCGACCCCACGGCACCUGGUCACGCUGCUGCAGUGUUGCAAGGCCGUCUACGAGAGUAAGAUCGCGAGCAGCAGUGGCAAGCGAGACCACUUGGAGAAGGGUCUAUUGAAACUGCAGGAAGUGUACCAAACGGUGGAAACGCUACAGGAGGACGCAGUGCAGAAGCAAAUAACACUGCAAGAGAAGCAACUUCAGGCCCAACAGGCUCUGGAGAAGAUUCGCCGAGCCAUGGCGCGCGCCGCUGAGAGGAAGCAAGAGGUCGAGCAACUCGAACAGAUGACUCAGCAGGACGAACUAGUGAACAAAGACGAGAAGGUAAAGAUUGAGGAAGAAUUGUCGCAAAUCAAGCCGAUCCUCGAUGCAGCGAAAAAGGCGGUUGGCAGCAUCAAGCAGGAUCACUUGGCGGAGAUUCGUAGUCUGAAGAUGCCACCAGAGCCAAUCCAUGACGUAUUGCAAGGCGUGCUGCGCAUCAUGGGUAACUACGACGCUAGUUGGGGCAGCAUGAAGAAGUUUUUGACAGGAGCUGGCAUGAUCCAGAAGAUUCUGAAUUUUAACGUGCGCAACAUAACGCCCGAAAUCCGGCGCGACGUGGAGAAGCUGGUAAACGAAAAAGCGAACAGCUACGAUCCCCAAGUCAUCUACCGCGUCUCCGUUGCCGCGGCGCCGCUGGCGAAAUGGGUAGUCGCCUCUUUAAAGUACUCUGCUGUGCUGGAGCGGAUCUCUCCCAUGGAGAACAAGCUUGCGCAGGCCACCGAGAACUUGGCUGGCGUCCAAGGGCGCUUGUUCGAAUGCCGUCAGCAAUUAGCAGCCAUUGAUGAGGAAGUAGCGGAUUUGCAGAACGAGUUCGAACAGCGAACGCAAGAAGCGACCGUGCUCCAGAUGGGCCUAGAUAAUGCACAGCAGACUUUGUCAAAGGCGAAGUCGCUUAUCGGAAAAUUGAGUGGGGAGAAGGAUCGGUGGAGCACACAAGUCGCAGAAAUCAAGAAGAAUGCCAGACAGCUACCAGUCCACUCUGUGCUUGCAGCAGCCGCUUGUACGUACUUGGCGCACUUUUCCGAGGACGUGAGAGAGCAGUGCCAGCGCACUUGGCUCGCGGACAACGCACAGGAGUUCAGCUUCCUGCGUUUCAUGGCGACAGAAAGCGAACUGCUCACGUGGAAACAAGAGGGCCUUCCGGGUGACCAGCUGUCGCAGGAAAACGCGGUCGUAAUCAAACACUCAGUGCAGGAACCCUUUAUCGUGGAUCCGAACUCGCAAGCCAUCUCCUGGCUCGAGAGCCAGCUCACCGCAGAGAUCGCACUACAGCAGGAUCCCAAGAUCCUCACAAAAUUGGAGCUGGCCGUUCGCUUCGGCAAGACAUUGAUUUUGAAAGAGGUCGAGGGCAUUCCAGCGGUACUGUUUCCAGUACUGCGUCAGGAGUUCUCGAGGCAGGGCCCCCGAUUGGUGGUACAGGUUGGCGAGCGUGCCUGUGACUACAAUCCGACUUUCAAACUCUACCUCUGCACCCGAAACUCCAACGCACUGGAUGUGCUGCCGCCGAACGCUUCUUGCUUAGUCACGCGCGUGAAUUUCACGGUGACACGAGCAGGCCUGGAGGGACAGUUGCUCACCGUGACGCUGGCUCACGAGAAACCGGAACUCGAGUCGCGAAAAAGCGAGCUCCUGCAAAAGGAAGAAGGCCUCAAAGUCCAGCUUUCUGAUCUGGAAACGCAGCUGCUAGAACAGUUGGCUGAUAGCAGUGGCAACCUGCUGGAAAACGAAGGCCUGAUUCGUAGUCUCGAAGAAUUGAAAAAGUCAGCAAACACCAUUUCGGAAGCUUUGGAGGAAAGCACCGUAUUGCAGAAGGACCUGGACGAACAGCGUGAAGCCUACAGGCCGCUGGCGACACUAGGCUCGCGACUCUACAUUCUGUUGCGCGAAUUUCAUAGCAUUGAUCAUAUGUACCGAUUCUCCCUUGAGUUCUUCACGCAGAUUUUCCACAAGGUGCUUGCGCUAGAUGUGAGGGCGCACAACAUAGAGUCCAAGAUUCGCGAACUCGAGCGCGCGCUUCGUGUAGAGGUGUUACAGCUCUGUAGCCGCAGCAUCUUCAAGGCAGACCGUCUUACCUUUGGCAUGCAUCUUGUCCACGGCAUCGCUCAGCUGAUAGGAGGUGGACAACAAGCACAGCAAGGCUCUGGGGCGCUCUUUCAAGAGCAUGAAUGGGAAUUUUUUCUUGGCAGCUAUCUGCCGCCUCCCAAAAGCACCCUGCCCCCAUGCUCCUGGUGUCCGCCGGAGCGUGCAGAGGCGCUCAACAAGCUGCGGUCUGCCUUCCCUCGCGCCGACGACAGCUGGCAACUGCAGACUAGUCAAGGCUGGCAAGGCUGGGCAGCCGCAGACAAAAGCGAAGAAAGCUUUCCGGCUGACAGCUUUCCGCGCAUGACUGCGUUCCAACGCAUUCUCUUGCUGCAAGCUGUGCGGCCCGACCGCCUCGAAACAGGCCUACAGAGGUUCGCCUGCGACAUCCUCGGCGUCACGUCGCUGUCCCCGCCGCCGUUGUCCUUGCCCAAACUGCUCGAAGAGGACAGCGGAGACGACGCGCGGCUGCGACCAGUUCUGUUCAUGACCACGCCCGGCGCGGACCCCAGCGUUGAGAUUGAAGAAUUUGCUAAGACCUAUUUGGCCCAGGUGAACCAGCGGGAACGCGAGAACUUUCUCUUUCGCCAGCUGGCGAUGGGCGGAGGCCAGAACGAGGAGGCGCUGGAGAUGUUGCAGAACGCGACGCAGCACGGAGACUGGUUGCUGCUGAAAAACUUGCAUUUGGUCAUCUCUUGGUUACCUGCGCUCGAGAAGCAACUAAAAAAUGUAACAGACUGCCACCACAAUUUUCGCUGCUGGCUUACCACUGAGCCGCAUUUAAAAUUUCCCCCAAUUUUGCUGGAGAGUUCGCUGAAGAUCACCUACGAGGCCCCACCAGGUCUCAAGAAGAACUUGCAGCGUACCUUCGAGAGCUGGACGCAGGAUUGGUUCGGAGCGGCAGCUAACAUGGAGGUGGCAACGCUGCGGUCGCAGAUCCUCUUUCUGUGUGCGCACUUUCAUGCGGUUGUCCAGGAGCGACGAACGUAUAUUCCACAAGGGUGGACCAAAUUCUACGAGUUCGCAAGCAAUGACCUUGCCUCCGCGUGCGAGACCGUCUCGUUGCUGCUGAAGAAGCGCGCUGACGUGGAUUGGCAGACUCUGCAUGGAGUGCUGGAAAAGGCCGUCUAUGGUUCUCGCGUCGACAACGAAUUCGACUUGCGCUUGGUUCGUGAGUACCUCGCAGUAGUUUUUCGGAACGAUUCUUUGAAUUCCGCGGGGGGACUAGGAGGCAUGGGCAUGACCGCGGGAGGCGCGGCGCUCGAGAUUCCGCCAUUUCCCGUACCGCGCUCCACGAAUCUGGCGGACUACAAGCUGUGCAUUGAAAAGAUGAGCGACAUCGACAAUCCCGCGAGCUUCGGCAUGCCAGCGAACGUGGACCGCAGUUUGCAGCGUCUCAACAGUGCUCAGGUGAUCUCGAAUCUGCGGCAACUGAAGAGCGUCAGCCUCAGCA